AUGUAUAUGACCAGCUGCAACUCUUCAUUCAUUCGCAAUCAGUUUAUUAACAACGCUGCUGAUUUGUAUGGCAUGUUGUUUCAGUAUGGAUCUUUGUCUAUGUCAGAGACUACGUAUGUGGGCAAUUUUACAAGUGGUGGUAUUGCUGUGACCGAUGUUUCAACAGCAUUUUUUGCAAACAGUUCUUUCGAACGAAACAGCUUCCAAUCAAGACAACUGAUAGGCAGUGGCAUCAAUGUUGUGGGUAAUGUUAAUCUAAUAGUUUUAAGAAGUAACUUUUCUGAAAACCAAGCAACUUCUGGAGGGGCUAUAGCCGCUGGUAAUGGACCAGCAAGAAUAUUUAUUUCAGAUUGCUAUUUCUUUAACAAUAACGCUGCUUUUGGCGGAGCAAUUUAUUUCAUUUUAACUGGAACAGACUCGGAAUGUAUCAUUAGACACUCUUAUUUCAUCAAUAAUUCAGCUACCAACGGUGGUGCUAUAUACAUUUUUUCCAACCUAUUUACGACAAUUCAAAAUUGCUUCUUUCGUUACAAUACUGCGAAAUAUAAUGGGGGAGCAGUGUACAUUCCCGAAGGACAGGUUAGAACUUUCAAAUCUCGAUUCUUAGAUAACUUUGUUGAUGAGUACGGCGGUGCCAUUGCUAUCAAAGGUGACAUAACUACCACACAGUGCGAAUAUAUUGGCAACACAGCAAACGAACGCGGUGGUGCAUUAUCAAUUUUGAAUGGUAACCUCAAUACUUCAAAUAGCUUAUUUGCACAUAAUAAAGGAAGACAAUUCGGUGGAGCAAUUUUCAGCAACAGAUCAAGUGUUGCAAUUUCAAACACCAAUUUUUAUUUCAACCAAGCUUCACUAGGAGGAGCCAUCCAUCAUUUUGCCAGCAAAGUUAGCUGUAGAGAAACAUCGUUUACAAACAACACAAGUGAUGAAUUUGGUGGGGCGGUUUAUAUUCAAAGCGGAUCACAUUCUUCUCAAACAACUCAGUACAAGCUGAACAAUGCUUCUGAAGCUGGGGGUGCAAUAUUUGCUCUUUCAAGCAAUGUAUCGAGCAGCAUGGACACAUACCAAGGGAACAUGGCCAAUAAAUAUGGUGGAGCAGUCUACAUCGACAGUUGUCCUUCAGUUUCAAGACCUUUUAGUGAAACAGGAAACAAUUUAAUUACUUCAAUUGUUUUAUUUGGGGAGCCAGUGUGUAGUAAAUACAAAGACUAUUUAUUAUCACGAGAACCGAAUUGGUUGCAGAUCAACGGCGGUUCAUUAUUCCUCGACAACUGGUGCAGUUUGGCAGGAGGUGCUGUUGUAGCCAUCCAUACUCAAGUAUACGUUUCUGGUGAUGGGCGUACGCUCAUCAGAGGAAAUUCAGCCACUCAUGGAGCUGGGUUAGCACUUGUGUGGAGUAAUGUGAGUAUCUCUUGCCCCACACAAUUGACAAACAAUCAAGCUUCUAUUUCCGGUGGGGGCAUUUACAUGUACGGUAGCAAUAUCCUUAUCUACCUUGGAAUAACUACAGUCGUGAUUGAAGGUAACAUUGCCACCAAAAGCGGAGGUGGUAUCUAUAGCAGUAAAUCUAAAAUUAAAGUUGUCGGAGGAAAGAUGUGCUUUUCUAAGAAUAAUGCUACAUACGGAGGUGCACUGUAUAGCACUGACACCAAGUUGAAUAUAGUGAAACAAGAGGAAAAUGAUACAUCAAAAAUUUUGUUUACAAAAAAUUCCGCUGUACAAGGAGGAGCUAUUUACGUGAUGGAUGUAAUUCAAGAUUGUGAGACACGAUAUAAUACGACGAAAGAGUGCUUUCUACAAACAUUACUAAACAGAUACAACAUAACAAAGGUCCCCAACAACUAUUUUAAUGUCUACUUUAUCAAUAAUACUGCAAGUCUAAGCAGUAAUGCCAUUUUUGGAGGACUACUGGACAGGUGCUCUUUGAACCCAGCAAACGAACUACUUCUUGAUUUUCCUAACCAAACAUUCCUGAGUGGAGCUGACUAUAUUCUAGCUACUGCACAGUUUGCUGGUCUGAUUGAUUAUAGUAAUCUGACAACCAACUACAACCCUGAAAAGGUUUUGCAAGCAGUGAGCGGUGCAAUUGUCCAAGAUUUUGUUUCUUCAGAACCCCUUCAAGUAUGUUAUUGCUUCGGAUACCAGCCAAAUUGUAGCAACUUCCAACAUCCACCUGUGUACGUAAAGAAGGGACAGCUGUUUUCAAUUAGUUUAAUUGCAGUUGAUCAGGUGGGCAAUCCAGUGAAUGCGACAGUGAUCAGCUCCGUUGUCACAGGUAGCCGACUACUCAACAGUAAUAAAGCACUUCAACGUAUUCCCGCUGAAUGUUCACUUCUUGAAUACUCCCUCUAUCCAGACCAAAGUGACCCAACAGCCGACAUUGAACUUUUCGCAAAUGGUCCUUGCAAUAAUAGAGGGGUAUCUAAACGAACAAUAAACGUGGUAUUUCAAGCGUGUACAUGUCCAAUUGGAUUUCAGCAAAGGGAGACCAGAACACAGUGUUUAUGUGAGUGUGAUACAGUAUUACAAUCGUAUAUAACAAGCUGUUCCCUGGAAAAUGAAACCGUGCUUAGAAGACCCAAUGUGUGGAUAGACUAUGUAAACACAAGUACUAAAUCUGGCUAUCUACUAUAUCCGAACUGCCCAUUUGACUAUUGUGUGGAUGAGCUAGUUAGUGUGAACUUAAAUACAGCUCAUGGUGCAGAUUCUCAAUGUGCAUUCAAUCGCACUGGAACACUGUGUGGUGCCUGCAAAGAGAAUCUAAGUGCUGUGCUUGGCAGCUCACAAUGUAGAGAGUGUACCAACAGUUUCAUUUCUCUGCUAAUACCAUUUGCAAUGGCAGGAAUCGUCUUGGUUGCGUUUAUAGUUCUAUUUAACUUGACUGUAACUACGGGUACAAUCAAUGGACUUAUCUUUUAUGCAAACAUGACUUUUGCAAAUCGAUCUCUGUUUGUACCCUCUGGAACUCCCGGUUUGCUCCGAAUAUUCAUUUCAUGGCUUAACCUUGAUCUUGGAAUCGAAACUUGCUUUUAUAAUGGAAUGGACUCGUAUGCUAAAGUUCUUCUUCAACUAGUGUUUCCUUCCUACAUUCUCAUAUUGACCGUACUGAUCAUCAUGCUUUGUGAGUAUUCGGUGAGAUUUUCAACAUUCAUAGGCAAGAAGAGAGAUCCUGUUGGGACACUGUGCACACUUAUCCUGCUCUCCUAUUCCAAGUUCAUUCGCACGAUCAUUGCAAGCUUACAGCAUGCAUACUUAAACUAUCCGGAUGGCUCCAGUGAAACAGUCUGGUUGUAUGAUGCUAAUGUUCCCUACUUCAAACCAAGUCACGCUCCACGGUUCAUUACAGUGUCAGUAAUCAUUAUUCUGGGACUGGUGUAUACAGUGCUUCUUCUGUUUGGCCAGUGGUUGACCAAACUCGGUGGAUGGAUCCCUUUCCGCUGGGUCAACAACCCAAAGUACAAUGAGUUCAUUGUUAAAUACCAUACACAGCUUAAACCCAAACAUCGAUACUGGGUAGGAUUGUUGCUGCUUGUUCGAAUCUCUUACUACACUGUGUCAGCCUUUGUCUCACAAUCUGCCGCCCUACUGUUUCUUAUCCUCAUUGUUCUUAUUCUAUUAAGUCUCAAGCACAUUGCCAGUCAUGUAUAUGAAGUUAAUGCAAUUGAUAACUUAGAGAGUGCUUUUUUGAUUAAUCUUGGAGUCCUAGCAGCUUGCUUAUACUUCUUGCAAGACAGUGAAGGAAUCCCGCCUAUAGCUGCCAGUAUAUCUAUAACAGUUUCUUCGUUUUUUUCAUUAUGAUUUUUGGAUAUCAUGCCUACACCUUCAUUCUCAAGAACACACGUCUCUGGAUAAGAAUAAUUGCUCUACUCAGGCCAGUUUGGGUGCGUAUGAGAGUGUUAGCGCAGUGUCCUAAUCUACGACGAAACGCAGAUAUAGAUCUACAAGAAGAAGAAGAAGUUGAGCAUGAGGAAAAUCAACUUUUGUUGCAAGAGCUUCCAUAUGCACAAGGAGAGUCUGACGAUGAAGAACAACAUCCGUAUGAGGCUCCAAUAAUCCAGCCUGCUGUUAGAGACAGCCAACCUCGGAACCAAGACCUCGUACAACUUUUCCAACCGAUAACUGAGCGAGACUACAGACGUUUUCAAGAGCCUUUUAGGCCACAACAACCCACGACAUAUUCAGUUGUUGAGAUCGACCGAAACCCUGAAUGAUAGUAACAAGUAGUGUGUAUCAAUCACCCAUCGAAUUAUAUAUUAUGUUCCUCCUUUAAUUCAUCCUGUGAAACACACAUUCAGCUAGCUAUAUAGCUCAAUGACAUAAUUUACAUUAGAAAUCUGUUCUCAUCCUUCAAAUCACAUUCAUCAUUAACUAGAUAGAUAGAUUCCUUAUAAUACUCUUAGCCACAUAUUGGCACUGGGUUAUACUUAUAGUGUAAUUCUUGUAAAUUGGUUAUCAA